UACGUCUGUUCAUUAAAAUAUCUCGACUGCACACAGUAAGACGACAAAGUUGAUAUUCCCAGUGAAGAUGGCAGUUUGUGUUCAAGCAGUCUUUGCUGCGAUGGUGCUCGUGACAGCCCAUCUAACAUUAUGUACGGCGCAGGACGUGUACGUGACGGUGCAGCAGGGCAGGCUGAGAGGCGCCGUGGAGACGAGCGCGCUGGGCCUACCCUACGCCAGGUUCAGGGGCGUGCCCUACGCCCAGCCACCAGUCGGGGAACUCCGCUUCCAGGCACCGCAACCACCGGCCAACUGGGAUGGUGACCGCGAUGCCUUGGAGGACCCUGACCCCUGCCCACAGGUAGGGAUGUCUGGAGGGUUUCAAGGCAAUGAAGACUGCCUAUACGUCAACAUAUACGUGCCUCUCAAUGCAUCGGGCCCUUUCCCGGUGCUCACGUGGUUUCCUGUAGGCGCCUUCAAAAGUGGGUCUGCGGCAGACACAGGUCCAGACAUAUUCCUGUCACUAGACAUCAUUGUAGUCGCUGUCCAGCCUCGAGUCAGUGCCAUGGGCUUGCUGAGCACUGGUGACGAGGUGAUCCCUGGGAAUGCCGGCAUGAAGGACAUGGUGAUGUCCCUGCAGUGGAUACAACAGAAUAUCGCUGCCUUCGGUGGGGAUCCUAACCAGGUGACCAUCGGUGGUGAGAGCUCUGGAGGCUGCUCUGUCUCGCACCUGGUGUUGUCACCUCUCACUGCAGGCCUCUUCCGUGGUGCCAUAAUCCAUAGUGGAGAGGCAGCCAGCCCCUGGGGAAUAAUGGCCGACCCUGCGGCCAAGGCGUUCCGUCUGGCAGAGGUCCUAGGUUUUACUGCGAACAACACUCAGGAGCUGCGAGACUUCCUCCUGACGGUUGACCCCCAGGACCUCGUAUCUCACGAUGACGACAUCAUCACUCCAGAGGAGGAGAUCCGCAUCCAGCAUCUUGCAUGGCUCCCCGUGCUUGAACAGGACGUGGAAGGCGCCUUCGUUACCGAGUGGCCGGCCGAAAGCCUGAAGGCAGGUCGUUUCAACAAGGUCCCCGUCAUCACGGGCUUCACGUCCGGGGACGGGCUCGAGCUGAUUCGACAGAAGCUGUACCUCUCUGACACGGCAGCAGUCCAGGAGCUCAGUGACAACUUCGUGCAGAUAGUGUCUCCAAUCCUGCACCUGGCGACGGCCGAAGAGCGCGAGGAGGCGGCACUCAAGAUGCGGGACUUUUACUUUGGCCACGAGAACAUCACCAUCGACGAUGCUCAAGCCAUCACCGAUAUGUGUACCGACAUAUACUGGGGCGAGCCGGCUGACGCCACAGUGAGGGCAGCAUCUAACCAUUCCGACGCCGGGCCCAUCUACUACCACCUGUUCGAUUACCGAGGACCGGAGCUUGGCAACGGCACGUAUGGUACAAGCCACGCCUCGCAGGGCUUCAUGAUGUUCUACAACGAGCGUAUGGGGCUGCCAGAUCCCAAUACGACGUUUGGUCAGUUGAGACUGGCCAUGAUACGGCUGUGGAGCAACUUCAUUAAAUACGGAACACCAUCUCCAGAAGGUGACGAGUUCAUCUGGGAGCCUUUCGACAACACAAAUCUUUAUUAUGCGCACAUCACAGACACCGUCAAUCUGGAGCAAGCCUUGUUCAAGGAACGCAUGGAAUUCUGGCAACAGAAUAUCCCCCUCUGAACUUUAUGUAAUCGUUGACAUGCGCCAUUGCUAUACUUCCUGCGCACGACUGAUAUUAUAUUUGUCACUGUUGUUCGCUCAGCAUGUUUAACACGCAAUGUUUCGUAACAUGGCGUGUCAAAAUGGACUCAUGUGCUUCAUGGGAAGUCACAGUGCUGUGUACUGUUUUGAUAGCUCCAAACAGAACACUUCAAUAAAGAAAAC